CAGUGCCUGAGAGACUUGCGAAUAACUGAUCCCCGCGACGAUAAGUCACGAAUACAAAAACGCGGGCUACUCAGAGAUUCGUACUAUUGGGUCUUCGAAAAUGAGACUUUCAAAGCUUGGCGAAAUGAUACACAGGGCAGAAUACUUUGGAUCAAUGGCGAUCCAGGGAAGGGAAAGACGAUGCUGCUCUGUGGUAUAAUCGACGAGUUGAUGCCAAAGACGAAGUUAGCAGAGUCGACGGAUCAGACUACGAACAACACGCUUUUGUCUUUCUUUUUCUGCCAAGGCACAAAUGCGUACCUUAACAACGCAACUGCUGUACUACGGGGCCUCAUCUACCUCCUUAUUAUCCAGGAGCCUUCGCUUAUCUCGCAUAUUAAGGAAAAACACAAUCAUGCGGGCAAAAGCCUCUUUGAAGAUUCGAACGCUUGGGUAGCCUUACUUAAGAUAUUUCUGGCUAUUCUGCAAGAUUUAAAAGCAAAAGAAAAGGAACUAGUUUUAAUUAUCGAUGCGCUGGACGAGUGUGAAACGGAUUUAUUUGAGCUUUUGGACGUUAUUUUACAGCAAUUUCCGUUUCCUCACAUCAGAUAUAUUAUAUCCAGCCGGAACAUAAUCGACAUUCGAGAGACUUUUGAGCCCUACAUACAAGUACAUCAAAAGAUCCUUAAUCUUAACCUGGAACAAAAUACAUUAUAUAUAUCCGAGGCUAUCGAUGUAUAUAUUAAGCAUAGCAUAUCAAACCUGCUCUCAAUACGGGAUGACUCAGACCUCCGCGAUAAAUUACACAGGAUAAUUCAACAAAAAGCUCACGGCACAUUUUUAUGGGUAUCUCUAGUGAUGAAAGAGCUUAAAAAAGUUCGACAAUGGGAUCUAAUGAUGGUAGUUGAGGAGUUCCCAGAGGGCUUAGCCGCACUCUAUAAACGGAUGAUAAGCCAGGUCAACGAACUAAAAAGAGGGAACGCGGAGCAUUGCAGGAAUAUACUCUCAACAAUAUUAACAGCAUACUAUCCACUGAACCUGGCCGAACUUGGAGUCCUCGUUAACAUUCCAAGUCAUAUUUCAGAGAGGCUUGAAUCUAUUACAGAGCUUGUAAUCAUGUGUGGUUCAUUUCUUACACUAAACAAUGGAAAUGUUUACUUUAUCCAUCAGUCAGCAAAGGACUUUUUAUCUACAGAGAUAUUUUCGACUGGAGUUACCCAGAGACAUAUAAAUAUUUUCAAGCGGUCAAUCGAACUCAUAUCAAAGCUACCAAAAAAUAUCUUCUGUCUUCCAGAUUUUGGACCAAGGCCGAAAGAUGCACAACCACCUAAUCCGAAUCCGCUAGCUUCAAUGAAAUAUCCAUGUUUCUAUUGGGUCAACCAUCUUUGCGAUACAUACGCCACGAGUUCCAAAGAUGAACGUCAACUUAUACUCAGUGAGACCUUGGAGCCCUUUUUGAAGACUCAUCUUCUCCGCUGGAUAGAGAGCCUAUCUCUGCUUGACGGGGUGCCAGAAGGUUUACGUUCCAUACGGAAACUUCUCCACAAGGCAUGGCUUCUAAGUGCCAUAGAAAAGUUCAUACUUAGCAAUGGAUCGAUCAUUUCUCAGGCUCCCCUGCAAGUAUAUGGUUCGGCACUUAUCUUUAGUCCAAUGUCAAGCGAAUUGAAAGCCACACAAUGGGACGAGAGACUAUCUUUCAUACGAGGCUUUCAAGGACUUAGAACAACCGUUUUUUUACAGUCGAUCAAAGGCCAUACGGGCAAAAUUACGGCUCUCGCAUUCUCGCCUGAUGGCGAGACGCUGGCGUCCAAAUCCAAAGAUGAAACAAUAUGCUUUUGGGAUGUGGCAACAGGUGUGCUGAAAGAAACAGUUGAAUGCCAUUGCGAUGGGGCUUCAGCUAUUGCGUUUUCGCCAGAUAACAAAACCUUGAUGCUUGCCACAUUUGGAAAUCCAACACUCGGACGAGAUGCCGAAACAGGCGAGUUUCAAAAGGAUUCCGAUGGCAUAACUGCUUUCUCAUUCUCCUCUGAUCGCGAGACUCUUGCGUCAGGAUUGAGAAAUGGCUCGAUUCUAAUAUGGGACGCGACAACGGGGAUGUAUCAGCGGACAAUCAAAAGCUUUUUUGGAAAACCAGAAACAAUUGCAUUCUCUCCAGAUAGUCGCAGAAUAGCAUCGGGAUUCACCAGCAGAAUAUGGCUAUUCGAUGCAACAACACGUAAAUAUCUGAUGGCGAUCGAUGAAACAACUAGGGGUGCGGGCGCUAUUGCAUUUUGUCAGGAUAAUAAAAGGUUGGUUGUGGGAAUGAUGGACAAUUCAAUCCGAGUAUAUGACAUAGCAAGAGACGUUUCUGCGCGAACUCUUAUGAGCGGUGGCGAUUCAGCAAUUGCGAUCUCGCCAGACAACAAGAUUCUAGCUUCGGCAUCUGACGACUACAUAAUACGGUUAUGGGAUGCGACAAUGGGUAUCCAAGAAGAGCAUAUGCAAGAAGAGGAUCCACGUAAUUACCCGAGAGAUGCCAUUUGUGAAACUGCAAUCUCACCAGACGGCAAGAUACUGGCAUCAACAAAGGUCCAUCCCAAUGAUAUAGUGCAGCUAUGGGAUCUUGCGACAAGAACGUGCCAGGAACUAGACCCGGGACGUUCGUUGGAGGUUACUGCCAUUGCGUUCUCGCCAGACAGCAAGACCCUGGCAUCAGGAUCUGACUUGGAAAUACGGUUAUGGGAUGUGGUGACGGGCGCCUGCCGACAAACUCUAACCAACUUUAAAUAUACACAAAUAUUAGCAAUUGGAUUCUCACCAGAUGGCAAAAAACUAGCGGUGGGCCUCAGAUUUGGGAUAAUGAUGCUGCUAGAUGUAAUGACUGGCAAGCCAAGGCCAUCGCUACAGAGAUACUCAUCCGUCGCCUUCUCUCCAGAUGGCACCAGGCUGGCGUCG